ACCAUGAGACAGUGGGGCACGCCCCUUCAGAAGCUGUUGUUCAAGACAAUCCAGUUUUUCAUCAAGCUCCUAAGUCACUUAUGAAGUUUCUUGUUCAAAAAUCGCGGUACUGCAAUGAAGAAAAGGAGAAAGGUUACUUCAGAUCUUGACGAGAAGGUCCAUCUAGGCUAUCAUAAAGAUUCUUCAGAGGAAAAUGCUGCGGUGGAGUGUGGCCAAGUGACCUAUACUCAGUCGACAGAAAGACCAACCCCUGAAGCUCUUCAGUGUUACCAAGAGCUUCCUCCCUCUCCGGAUCAAAGAAAGCUUUUGAGUUCUUUGCAGUAUAAUAAGAAUUUGCUCAAGUAUUUGAACGAUGAUAGGCAGAAGCAGCCAUCUUUCUGUGAUUUACUUAUCGUAGUGGAAGGAAAAGAGUUCAGUGCGCAUAAAGUAGUGGUCGCUGUUGGUAGUAGCUAUUUUCAUGCGUGUCUGAGCAAAAAUCCGAGCACUGAUGUUGUCACCCUGGAUCACGUGACACAUUCCGUUUUUCAGCAUCUGCUUGAGUUUCUUUACACAUCCGAGUUUUUUGUGUACAAAUACGAAAUACCUCUUGUUUUAGAGGCCGCAAAAUUUUUGGACAUUAUAGAUGCAGUAAAGCUGCUGAAUAAUGAAAACGUUGCUACUUUUCAGGCUGAACUAACUGAAAAGCCCUCGCCAGAAGAAACCCUAAGUGAAUUCACUGGGAGACUAUCAAAUGAUCAUCAGUGCAAAUUUUGUAGUAGACAUUUCUGCUAUAAAAAGUCCUUAGAGAAUCAUUUAGCCAAAACUCACAGGUCCUUGCUAUUGGGGAAAAAACAUGGGCUAAAAAUGCUGGAGCGAAGUUUUUCUGCACAGGGGUCAAAGAGGAAUCAGAAGUGUCCAGUUAAGUUUGAGGACACUAGUGAUGAUGAACAGGAAAGUGGGGAUGGGUCAGAUAAUUUGCAUCAAGAAAGUUUUGAUAAGGAGAAGUCAGAUAGAAAUGAUUCCGAGGACCCCGGAAGUGAAUAUAACGCUGAAGACUACGAGCUGGAGGAGAAAGUGUCAGAUGAGGAGUCCGACACUGAGCACGAUGCCGAGGAGGAGGAACCCGAGGCUGGUGAUUCUGCCGGAAGCAUUCAUGAAGGGUUAGCUCCUGUAAUCAUUCAGAACAGUAACAAGAAAAUCCUGCAGUGUCCCAAAUGUGACAAAACGUUUGACCGGAUAGGGAAAUAUGAGAGCCACACCCGUGUGCACACAGGUGAGAAGCCUUUUGAGUGUGAUAUUUGUCACCAGCGUUAUUCGACAAAGUCUAACUUAACUGUUCACAGAAAGAAGCACAGUAACGAAGUAGAGUUUCAUAAGAAGGAGCACAAGUGCCCUUACUGUAAUAAACUUCACGCCAGCAAGAAGACACUGGCCAAGCAUGUGAAGAGAUUUCAUCCUGAAAAUGCACAAGAAUUUAUUUCCAUCAAGAAGACUAAGAGUGAAAGUUGGAAAUGUGAUAUUUGUAAGAAAUUUUUCACUCGAAGACCACACUUGGAGGAACACAUGAUUCUGCAUUCACAAGAUAAACCUUUCAAGUGUACCUAUUGUGAGGAGCAUUUCAAAUCCCGAUUUGCACGGUUAAAGCAUCAGGAGAAGUUCCAUCUGGGUCCCUUUCCAUGUGAUAUAUGUGGUCGUCAAUUCAAUGACACUGGAAAUUUGAAACGCCAUAUUGAAUGUACUCAUGGUGGAAAGAGAAAAUGGACUUGCUUUAUUUGUGGGAAGUCAGUACGAGAAAGAACUACUUUGAAAGAACAUUUGAGAAUACAUAGUGGAGAAAAGCCUCAUCUCUGUAGUAUCUGUGGGCAAAGUUUUCGUCAUGGAAGCUCAUACAGGCUUCAUUUACGAGUACAUCAUGAUGAUAAAAGAUAUGAGUGUGAUGAAUGCGGGAAAACAUUUAUUCGCCAUGACCACCUUACAAAGCACAAAAAAAUACAUUCAGGUGAGAAGGCUCAUCAGUGUGAAGAAUGUGGAAAGUGUUUUGGGCGUAGGGAUCAUCUAACCGUCCAUUACAAGAGUGUGCACCUGGGAGAGAAGGUGUGGCAAAAAUAUAAAGCAACAUUUCACCAAUGUGAUGUUUGUAAGAAGAUUUUUAAAGGAAAAUCAAGUCUGGAAAUGCAUUUUCGGACCCAUUCAGGUGAAAAACCAUACAAGUGUCAAAUUUGCAAUCAGUCUUUUAGAAUUAAGAAAACGUUAACAAAACACCUGGUUAUUCACUCUGAUGCCCGGCCUUUCAAUUGUCAACACUGUAAUGCAACAUUUAAGCGGAAAGACAAGCUGAAAUACCACAUUGACCAUGUUCAUGGGAUAAAAUCUCCUGAAGAUUCUCUUAGUACUUCUGAGGAAAAACUUGUGUCUUUGCCAAUAGAGUACUCAUCUGAUGAUAAGAUCUUUCAAGCAGAAACAAAACAGUAUCUGGACCAGCCCAAAGUUUAUCAGUCAGAAGCCAAGACUAUGCUACAGAAUGUGUCUGCAGAAAUGUGUGUUCCAGUAACAUUGGUCCCAGUUCAAAUGCCUGACACAUCCAGUGAUCUGGUGCCUCACACCACCACACUUCCGCCAUCUUCUCAUGAGAUGCUGCCACCACAGCCCCAGCCAACUGAUUAUCCACGUGCAGCAGAUUUAGCUUUUCUGGAAAAAUAUACUAUUACUCCUCAGCCUGCAAAUAUAGUUCAUCCAGUACAACCUGAACAGAUACUAGAUCCCAGAGAACCGUCUUAUCUUGGAACAUUACUGGGCCUUGAUAGCACAACUGCUGUUCAGAAUAUGACCAGUAGUGAGCAUCGCUCAUGAGUAAACAUUCCAUAGACCUUUGGAUGCUUGCAAGCUGACAGCCAGAAGCUACUGGCUUUUGAGUUAGUAGGGCUGCUAUUUUUCCCCCCAUUUUUUCUAAUUUGUCAAGUCUUC